AUGCUUGUUGGAGCUCAGCUCCGGGGCAAGAUGUUCAUCAUGGCACCCGAAGUGACCGGCGCCCGUAUGACCGCCCCAAACCUCCUCGACAAGCCCGAGACGGAACCGGACAGCGAAGAAGCGGAUACCGCCUCCUCCUCUGACCGUUGUCGUGCUCCCCCUACGGCUAAGAACCGGGCUGCACACGGUCCGCAAGGUGAACGUUAUCUUCGUGGUGGAAGACUGCCGGCCUUGGCGGCACGAGGAGUUGAGAACAAGAGCGAGAACUACCGGCUCACCUUCAUGCAGCAGGCAGACGCCGAGCCACUGCUUGAUGCGCGGCUGACGGACCGGACGUUCACUUUCACGCAUCAUGAUCGAGGCGUCAACAUGCGAUCCGAACCCGACAUGACUGCAUAUUCGUCCCCUACCAGACCCGGGCUUUCGAACCUCUCCGUCACCGACGCUGCAUAG